UCGAUAAGACUUGCAGAUUCUUCACCGUUUAUGUGUGUCUUAGACAGGUCUGGUGGCAUGGCCACAUUGAGCAGCACUGCGCACGUUAGCACAAACCCCUUUAGCUCCUUAGCUCCCCCUCCUUCACAGCCCAUAAAGCUCGCCGCAAAUGCAAAGAAGCUGCCGCGAGUGAGGUGCGCAUCGUCACCGUCGAAUUGGCGGGAGAGCAGGCGAUUGGUCUCCAUCUCUCUGUCUCUAGGUCUCUCUAAUUUGAUCCUUGUCCCUAACCAUGCUGUUGCCGGCAGUCCAUUCGAUAAGUAUGUGAAAAGGAAAAAGCUUGACCCUCUUGAGGCUUAUGUGUCGCCAGUCAUAUUGACCCAAUUACAAAUCAAGGACUUGGAGAAAUCUCUGGAAGGUGAUGAGCCCCAGUUUGCUACCUGCCGGUCUCUGCUACGUUCGGGCCCUGCAGCGUCCCUUCGUGUAAAUAUUAGAGCUGUGGCGCAGUAUGCUUCAGACGAUGGCAAUGGGAAAACUGCUUCUACCAGUGUUGAUCAAUGUCUCAGGGCCUUGGAAGAACUGGAUUCCUUGCUUUUGCAGGCAUCAAGGAAAGAACAAGCUUCGGUCAAAUCAAUGAAGGCACAGAUUAAUACUGCCCUUGGUGCAUUGGAUAGCCUCCUGGAAACUGUACCAUCAGAUGUGCUGGACAAAGGGAAGGUCGCGGCUGAUUCUUAUAGGAGCUCAUUAGAGAAUGCAGAUGUUGAUAUCUCAGACCCGGACCUGAAGCAAUUGGAAUCAAUAUUAUGAACUCGUGAGCUUUGAAAUUUUCCUAACGCAUACGUGGAUGUUUUGUAAACUUCGUGUCAAGAUUCUUGGUUUCUUUUUCGUCACCCCACAUUAUAUCUGUUGUCGGAAAGCACCUCUCUUGUUCAACAAAACUUGAAACCAAUUCAUUACCCGUGGAGGAUGAAAGUGUUUACUAGAAGCGGACGGCUUCUCCGUACAAUUUUUACAUUGACAAAUACAUAAUGGACCAAUUUGAAUC